AUGUUUCAUAUUUACUGCAUCAUCCACCUUGGCCGCUUGGUGUCCCAGUACCUGAAAGGCUCUCGAGACGUCUAUGUUCUGAAAUCUUCUGUCCAGGAGGCCAUCCAGAUGAGGAUCAACUGGUCUCCACCUCUCCUGUUCCUCUCCUCCUCACGAAUGAUACUUAAGACACAUGCAUCUCUUAUUGCAGGCACGGGGCUACUCGAUGAUGCCCCAGGUGGAAGAGACGCUUGGCGGGCUCUCUCCCUGAACUUCAUCGUCCCUAAAAAAACGACCCUCCCCACCAAGCCGCGCCGUAUGACAUCUUCGCUGGUGGGGAAAGCUUUUCAGGCAGCGGGUCAGGCUGGUGCUUCCCUGCACACCAUGGCAGUCCUGCAGGCGUACCAGGCUGACCUGCUGAAGGACUUGAGCACAGGCGGGUCCAUCGACGAAGAGGCGUUUUUAGAGCUGCGCCGAGCCACAGAUCUGUCUCUCCGUGCGACCAAGCAGACGGCCCAUGCCAUCGGCCGUUCUAUGGCUGCUAUGAGUCGGGACCGUCGGGCCACCCGGUCCCGACCAGGUCCGGUUCCUUUGAGGCGUGACGCACAGAAGGACAGUGUGGCGAGCCGAGCACCCCCUCGUAGAGACUGGGGUGCGGCUCGCCGCGCUUCACAAACCGUGGGGGUGCCUCCCCCCGGGGAGGGGCGCGAAAAAUUCCAACAGAAAAUAAAGGCUCCUUCCCGGCACCCUCAGGAAGCCAUUGUUCAAUCUCCGCCGCCACUGGUGUUUCGGGGAGCAACGGUUUCCAACGAAACGUUGGAUGUUCGGUCGCCUCCUGCCACGUUUCAGGACGCCGAACAUCUAACAAACCCCCAACAAAACGAAGUGUCAAAAUUAGUGCCCCUUUCAGAGAAGCUGGCAGCGUGGAAGCUUCUGCCAAAUAUCUCCCCAUGGGUCCAAAAGACCAUAGAAAGAGGCUACAGGAUUCAGUUCGCAUAUUGUCCUCCGCGUUUCAACGGCGUGAUUUUCACUUCCGUGAAACCAGAACGAGCGCAUUUGUUGAUACAGGAGUUGCAAACUCUGCUGGACAAAGGGGCCAUAGAACGUGUUCCUCUACCAGACAGACAGUCAGGCUAUUACAGCCGAUAUUUUCUCGUUCCCAAGAAAGAUGGGGGGCUGCGUCCGAUUUUAGAUCUUCGAGGAUUGAACCAUCACCUCAGAACAUACAAGUUCAAGAUGUUAACAAUAAAAAUGAUUGUCUCUCAAAUCCAACCGGGCGAUUGGUUUGUGACAAUCGAUCUAAAGGACGCAUAUUUUCACAUAGAAAUAUUGCCACAACACAGGAAGUUCCUGAGGUUCGCUUUGGCGAAAGCUUACCAGUAUCGGGUUCUUCCUUUCGGCCUAGCAUUGUCACCCCGCACAUACACAAAAUGCAUGGAUGCAGCUUUGGCUCCUUUACGACUCCAGGGCAUCCGCAUUCUAAAUUACAUAGACGACUGGCUGAUUCUGGCUCAGUCUCUAGGUCUCAUGGCAGCUGCUUCCACAGUGAUACCUUUGGGCCUCCUGCACAUGAGAUUGUUUCAGUUAUGGGCUCAGAGCCAGGGGAUUUCAUCCAAGGGCCAAUCCCCAGAGGCAAAUAAGGGUUACGCUGCGUCGAGGGCUUCGUACUUAUCUAUGUGGUUCAGACCCCGGUUUCUGACCUUGGGUCCCACUCUAGGUUCGUGUUGUCGUCGCAAGAUGCUAACGACAGACGCAUCCCUCACGGGUUGGGGAGCGGUCUUAGAUGGCCGUCCAGCCCAAGGGAUCUGGAGAGGUCAUCUUCUCGAAUGGCACAUCAAUUGCCUCGAAAUGAAGGCUGUAUUUCUGGCCCUGAAAUACUUCCUCCAGCAGUUGAGAGGCUACCAUGUCCUAGUGUGGGUGGACAACAUGGCAGUAGUCUCUUACAUAAAUCGCCUGCGGUCGCGCCGCUUGAACGAGCUAGCGCAGCAGGUUCUGCUUUGGGCGCAGGACAAGUUCCUGUCCCUCAGGGCGAUUUAUAUUCCCGGUCACAUGAACAGGGGAGCAGACUUCCUGUCCAGACAAGCUGUGACACAUGGGGAAUGAAAACUCCACCCCGAAGUAGUCAGUCAAAUCUGGGAAAGGUUUUACGAAGCAGAGGUGGACCUCUUUGCUUCACAGGAGACAGCACAAUGUCCCCUCUACUUCUCUCUGACUCAUCCAGCUCCCCUGGGUCUGGACGCGAUGGCCCAUGUGUGGCCCAGAAUGCGUCUUUACGCAUUUCCUCCGAUUGCUCUGCUCCCCGGAGUCCUAGCCAAGGCCCGUCAACAGGGGUCUCGCCUCUUAUUCAUAGCGCCCCGUUGGCCAACCAGAAUAUGGUUCUCAGAUCUAAUAUCUCUCCUCGACGGCUCACCGUGGGCGAUUCCGGUGAGGAGGGACCUUCUCUCUCAGGCACAGGGGACAAUAUUUCAUCCCCGU